AAAUGCUGUGUUAACAGCUUAAAAAUCUCACUUCCACACAGCUUUUAUAACGUUCUUUUUUAUAUAUAUCCUGCAUCACUUUCUGUCUUUUUUCAGAGGCCAAUGUAACUAAAACUGGUCAUGGAAGAACUACGGCAAAUUGAUCUGACAUACAUCACAGAGCGAAUCAUCAGCAUCAUCUGCUCUCCUGCGUGUCCAGAGGAUCUCUACCUGCAGAAUCUGAGGAACAUUAUCCCUAUGCUAGAGUCAAAGCAUGGACACAACUACAUGCUUAUUAACCUCUCCCAGAAGCAUGAUGUUCUCACAUCAAUGACCCACACGGAUUUUAAUACAGGUUGGCUGGAGCGCUUAGCUCCCAGUUUGGAUGAAAUCUUGAACAUGUGCACGGCAAUGGAGAACUGGUUGCAAGGUUAUCCAAAGCACGUCCUGGUGUUACACUGCAGGGGGGAUAGGGGACUGGUUGGAGUUCUCGUGGCGUCGUACAUCCACUUCAGCAACGUAUCUGCAAGUGCAGACCUCUCUCUGGACCACUUUGCCAUGAGGAAGUUCUACAACGACAAGCUCUCUGCUCUGAUGACCCCCUCGCAGAAACGGUAUGUUUGGAUGGUGGGCAGCAUGCUAAAAGGGGGACUAAGGAUGAACCCCUCCCCAUCUUUUCUGCUAUGUGUUGUUCUUUAUGGUCUUCCCAAAAUAAGGAUAGAUGGAGGAUGCUGCCUGUUCCUCAGAGUCUACCAAAGUCUGCAAGCUGUUUGCACGUCGCCAGUCUACCACGUCAACGCCGCUCAGACCGAUCGGCUCUACAUCGUGCUUCAGCCGGCUCAGCUGCUCAAAGGGGACAUCACGGUGGUCUGUUAUGAUAAAAACAGCCAAUCAGCGAGUCGCCAAGCCGUUUUCCGCCUCCAGUUCCACACGGGCCUGGUGGUCGGACACUCCCUCUGCUUCUGCAAGGCGGACCUUGACUGCGCUGCUGAAGAUUCCCGUUUCCCAGAUGAUGGAAAAGUGGAGCUGCUGUUCUCAGGGAGCCCCGAAAAGAUUGCAGGCAGAGAGCAGUGGUUAAAUGUGCGCUCUGUGAUGGUCGACUAUGACACCUUGGACCCUUUGGUCAGACGAGAUUCUUUCCAGGACCGAUCUCAAGCAGCUCCUCAUCAUGUGUCUGAAUCUGGAAAUAAGAGUUUGUACUCCAAAGUGAGGAAGAAGAGUACUGAAGAGGGAGCUUCAUACCGUCGGACCUCUAUCAGCCCGAGCUGGAGCGAGAGAGCGCCGUCAGCCAGCAGUGACUCGGGCCUCUCUGUUGCCUCACAGGGGCGGACCGGAGCCGGGCCCAGAAGAGGAGCCAACCAGGACAACUGGAACAAGGCUGAGAAGUUGAUCUCAGAGCCAACCUGGGCUCUUCUGGAGGUCAUGACUGAACUGGGUUCUUCUUGUGCUGGAGAGAGAAAGGUGACCAGGGAUGAGUCUGGACUGGGAACCACCAUCAAUGGAGAGGUUUCUUCAAGCGAGAGGGAGACCGAUAUUCUGGAUGAUGAGGAUGAAGAUUCUGCCUUAGGGGCUCCAAACUCAAGUAGUGUUUUCUCAAACGUUCUGCCUGGAACUCGGAGACAAACCCAAACGGAGUACUCCACUCACUCCUGGGUCCGACAGCAUCAGAUGGUGGAGCCGAUCUCUGAGCGGGGAUCCGGCAGCAGAGAGAGACCGGCCCCUCUGAGGGCUCCUGAAACACCAGCGCGAGGAUUAAGCAGCAGGGAGGCAGUCAAGAGAGGCCUCGUAGAUCAGGACAUCAAACCUGCCAGCGCUACUUCAUCCUGUCAGGAAGACGAGAUGGAGUCCUUAGCGACAGACAUGGACGAGUCCAUUGAGCAACUGAAUCAGCUGAUUCUGGACUUGGACCCCACUUUUGUGCCAGUUCCCACUCGGUGUUCCCCUCUGUCCCGCUCAGCCUCUCUGCACACCAACGGCCUCAGCCAGAAAGGACAAACCCAUCAGUCAGGGUGGAAACAACAGAAACAUGUCAGCGACGUGACAGACUAUGCCGGCCCUAAGAGUCCGGGAUGGAGAGGAGGUGGACCUGAGAGCUUCACAGGCUCCCCAGCCAACAGUCCGUCCUUCUCAACCUCAAAGCAUGGUCAUCUCUACAAAACGAACAGCGUGGAUUACCGCGGACAGAUGGACAACUCUGACGUAAUUCCAGCGACUCCAUCUUUUCCAGUUUCUCCUCCAACGCCCUAUGUGAAACAUUUCUCUGAGUUUUCCCAGCUCGGUGCCGGCAGUCAGUGGGACCAACACAGCUGGACACAAGAAUCCCGAAGUUUCCUGGAUGGCAUGAACCACUCCGGUGGCUCCACAGACGGAGAGCUGUUCCGAUCCGACGUGCCCGUCACUCCGGCAUCCUGUCAGAGGAUCUUUGGCUCCAUGAGCUCGGUGUCCACCGGCAGCCCCCUCCAUCACACAGAUGGCUCCUCUUCCCCUCCUGUGUGGCACGACCGGACUCCAAACUCCCUGAACUCACCGUAUCCUUCCCAGCCAUCACCCUCUCUACCGCUCAGCUCUCCCAAUGCUCACAGCUCUCCUCAGAGGGUUCAGAGGGGCCGGGGAGGGAGUCUAGGGGUCCGUAGCGGAACCGACAGCGCGGACUUGUCCUCGUUGUUGCUAUUGGGAAACGGCGGCCUGGAGCACAGCCUGCUGGAAGCCAUGGAGGGCCUGGGGAAUCUGAAUCUCGGGAGAGAUCCGGGGAUCGCUCCCCUCCUGCCAGAGAAGAGAAGAACAGGCGAGGUGGGAGAGCUGGGCUCACGGUCCCCCUCUCUGAGCGGGUUUUCCAGCCCGCACAGCGGCAGCAGCCUCAGCAUCCCUCUGUCGUCCUCCCUCACCUCAGAUGCGUUCAGGGGACUCAGUGGGGCCUCCUCGCCAGGAGCAGAAUCUGGCAGUAAGCAAGACACUGUGAAGUUUGUUCAGGACACGUCCAAGUUCUGGUACAAGCCUGAUAUUUCCAGAGACCAAGCCAUCGCGCUGCUGAAGGACAAAGAGCCUGGCUCGUUCAUCGUCAGAGACAGCCACUCGUUUCGCGGCGCGUACGGACUGGCCAUGAAGGUGGCCACGCCUCCUCCGUCCGUGGUACAUCACAGUAAAAAAGUUGGAGAUCUGUCCAGCGAGCUGGUGAGGCACUUCCUGAUCGAGUGUACACCAAAAGGAGUUCGUCUUAAAGGCUGCCCCAAUGAGCCUUACUUUGGAAGCCUCACCGCUCUGGUGUGUCAGCACUCCAUCACCCCUCUGGCUCUGCCUUGUAAACUCAUCCUGCCUGACAGAGAUCCGCUAGAGGAGCUGAAUGAUGCAGCAGUACAAACGGCAACAAACUCAGCAGCCGAGCUUCUCAAACAGGGUGCAGCAUGUAAUGUGUGGUUCCUGGGUUCUGUGGAGCUGGAGUCUCUGACGGGUCAGCAAGCGGUCCAGAAGGCGACAACACUGACGCUCUCCAUGGACCCUCCCCCUCCCUCCACCGUGGUGCACUUCAAAGUGUCGGCUCAGGGAAUCACGCUUACGGACAACCAGAGGAAGCUGUUCUUCAGGAGACACUACGCCGUGAACACAGUUAUAUUCUGUUCUCUGGACCCACAGGGAAGGAAGUGGACGAGAGACAGCGUCUCCACAGCAAAGAUUUUUGGAUUUGUUGCCAGGAAAUCUCAGACUGAAACCGAAAACGUGUGCCAUCUGUUUGCUGAGCAUGACCCCGAGCAGCCGGCGAGUGCCAUCGUCAACUUUGUGUCAAAGGUCAUGAUCGGCUCUCACAAAAAGUGACGGGAUUAGGAGCUGAGCUUGCAGCAUAGAUAACCUGGACUAAGGAUCAAAUCCCUGCUGUGGAAUCAUUUUAUAAUGAUGGCUAAUUUAUGAACAGGAUCAAUUGCCAAAAAAAAAAAAAAAGUUUAACCCUGACACUCCGCGCUGGAUCCGGUUGUCCCUACAGCUAUCUGUGCCUGCGCUGCAGGAUGCUUCCAGAGGAGGGAGCCAGGACUCUGAUACUAUUGUUCUUACAUUGUUGGAUGGACACUUUGCAAAAUGAGGUAUGUCAGCGCCUUACGGGUUUAAAAAUAAAAUUAAAAAAACAUUUAUUAUUAAAUUGAAGGUGGAAAUUUUCUGACUCCUUAGUCUAUUUUAUAAUUUAAAAGAUACAAAUAAUUUUUUUUUUUAAACUAAGUAAAAAGUAUUUGUUUUAACCCUCAGUUCUACGGUAUUAUUCUUUAACAUACUGACUGAUAAUACCACAAAGAUGCAAGAUCAUGCACAAUCUUUUGUUCCCACCAAAGGUGUGUUACUCCUAGCUACACUCAUUUUUAAUCAUAGUUUUGUUGUGUUCAAAGAAGCGUAGCGCUUCUGUAAAUCUAUAAUUCAAUAUAAGGAAAAUAUCCCUAAGGGUCAAUCCAAGCAUGAAACAUAACAUCACUUCCCGUAGCCCAGGCAUUCUCCUGACCACUUUUCUGCACCCUCUUCAAAUGAAUUGUCUUAUAAGGUAAACAUGUGUUAUGUUGCAAUAAUAAAAGUAGUCGUGUUAUAAGGUGAAAGCUUUAUUGUUUAAACAAUGUCAUUUUCAUGUUUGUACGAAAUGUUUUGUUGUAAGAACAUAUGUUUUGUGGCUAUAACGUGACAAAUAUGUAUAAUGUAAUAAAGUGAUACUAUGUUGUUCAGUUAUCAAAAGUACAUUGUAAUAACAUGACAGUAUACUGUAAAAACAGGAAAAGUAAAUUGUUACAACAAUAAAGUUUUCACAUCAUUAAGUGAUAUAGCUCUUUUUUUUUAACCUGGGUGGCAGCUCUAUGCUUCCAGACGAAAACAUAUUUGUACUACAACAGAUCUAAACAUCUGAAAGUAAACAUUGAAAUCCGACUUUAAAUUGUGACGCUUGUUUGUUGAUCUUUUGGAAAACAAGAACGUUAAACCGCAAAGGUUUCUUAACCAACAUUUUUUACUUUAUUACACUGACUGUAAUUUUAUAUAUUUGUUUUUUAAAAACUGUCCGUUAAAACACACUAAUUUGUAUCACAGUUUGGAGAUGUUUUGACACAUGAACAGAUCAGAAUCCUUUGAAACAGUGCAGAUCUGAAUGCAGCUUUAAGGUAACCACAGGAUAAUUCAUCAUAUCAAAAAAAACAACAACCACCUACACAAUUAACAAUGUGGUUGCAGUGUGCUUGAGAUGUUUUGUGUAUUAUAAUAUUUAUCCCUGACUACAGAUGUUUAAAAAUCUUUUUGCCAUAUAUUAAUUUGUGUUUUUAACACAUAAUGUACAUUAGGCUUUUAUGUAACUGUCACUUCUUUAUUGUUCUACUAACUUGGUUUAUUAUACUGUAUGUUCUAUAAAUACAGAUUUGUUUAAUGCUC